AUGGGAAGAAAACCCUAUAAAUGUAAUGAAUAUGGGAAAGAAUUCCACAAGAGCACUCAGCUUUCUAUACACAAAAGGACACAUACUGGAGAAAAACCCUAUAAAUGUAAAGAAUGUGGGAAAUGCUUCAGCCAAAAUGCUAACUUAUAUUCACACCAAAGGAGUCACACGGGAGAGAAACCUUAUAAAUGUAAUGAGUGUGGGAAAGAAUUCCAUCGGAGCACUCAGCUUCACGUACACCGAAGAACUCAUUCUGGAGAGAAACCUUAUAAGUGCAAUGAAUGUGGGAAACACUUCAGCCAAAGCACUAACUUACAUUCACACCAAAGAACUCACACAGGAGAAAAACCUUAUAAAUGUAAUGAAUGUGGGAAAGAAUUCCCUUGGAGCACUCAGCUUUGUAUACACCAAAGAACACACACUGGAGAGAAGCCCUAUAAAUGUAAUGAGUGUGGAAAACACUUCAGCCAAACUGCUAACUUACUUUCACACAAAAGAAGUCACGUGGGAGACAAAUCCUAUGUCUGUAAUAAAUGUGGAAGAGGUUUCUGUCAUCCUUCAUCCUUUAGUCAACAUAAGAGAAUUCACACUGGAGAGAAACCAUAGGAAUCCUUUGGUCAAAGUUCUGGCCUUAGACAGCCUGAGGGAGUUCACACUAG